AUGUCUGAUUUGGAGCGCAAACUACUGAUGAGAGGAAUGCCGCCAAUGGUUCCGACGGUGACAUCGGGUGCGCAAAGAGCUGGUCCUCCGCAGCGGCAGCGGUCGCGAAGUCGUAACGAUUACAGUGCCAUCGAUUGGAGCAAAGCGUUUGACGCCAAACGCGACCUCAAGAUCGGCGACGACUCGUUUCGCGUGUAUAUCAGCGGAUCCAUCGAUGGCGGCGAAGACAACGCCUCCGCAAACACACCGCUCGUUGUGUUACUACACGGCGGCGGCUAUAGUGGCCUCACGUUCGGGCCCUUCGCGCAGGAGAUCCGCGAGUUGUGUGACUGUAAUCUGAUUGCCAUCGACUGCAGAGGACACGGAAACUCAGUGACCACUUGCGACGACGAUCUCAGCGUUCAAACGCUGGCCAACGAUGUGUUUAAUGUGAUCACAAGUCUGUACCCGAUUGACGGCAUUCCGCCGCUGAUACUCAUGGGUCACAGUAUGGGCGGCGCUAUCGCUGUCCACUGUUGCGCCAAUCUUUACGAACUGAUCCCAAGAAUUGUCGGUCUUAUAGUGAUCGAUGUGGUGGAGGGCACGGCUAUGGAUGCCUUGCAUUCCAUGCAAUCGUUUCUCAGGAGUCGUCCCACGAGUUUCCCGACUCUGGAGAACGCCAUCGAGUGGUGUGUCCGCAGCGGUCAGACCCGUAACGUAGAGGCGGCCCGGCUUUCAAUGCCCGGUCAGCUCAAGAACAUUAAGACCAACUUAACGGCUACUGUAGAGCUCGAAGAGCCCUCACUGGCCGAUGAUUUGCCUCAACAAACCGGUGCUCAAGAAUCAGCUAAUAAUCAAAAGUUUGCUUUGAGUGAAAGCAUUGACGAAGAAGUGGACGAAGAAAACGCAGACCAAGUAGUGGUCGACAAACCUAUACCUGUGUUCAAGAAACCAGACAAUAGUGGCUACACGUGGAGGACAGACCUGUUCCGUUCGGAGCCCUAUUGGAACCAAUGGUUCGAAGACUUAUCCAAUUUGUUCCUCAACUGCAACGCUGGGGCCAAACUGCUGCUGUUGGCCGGCAUCGACCGACUCGACCGGGCGCUCACUGUGGGCCAAAUGCAGGGCAAGUUUCAGAUGCAAGUGUUGCCCAAAUGCGGUCACACCGUUCACGAGGACGCGCCCGACAAAGUGGCUCAAGUGGUGGCCGCGUUCCUCAUUCGCAAUCGCUUCACACAAUCCAAGCGUGAAUUCGAACGACCCUUUCCUUCCUGUUAA